GGCCGAUCCGUAGAGAACAACAGGCUACCUCCCUCUGUCCUGUGAUGCUGCACAGCUAUGGGACAAAGAAAACAACAAAACCCUACGAAUCCAUGUUGCUAUCUAACAAAGAGCCAUAAAAUCAACAUCCACAUGGGAUCUUAAAUUAAGGGAACAGUGUGAGGACAGCUCAUUUUUUGUUAUUAUGUACAUUUUUUUAUUUACUUUAUAAGCCGUUUAUUGUGAACAAAUAACUCCAUAGGCAAUAUUCUGAAGUGUUUAUUUAAUGACGGGUCAGUCAAGAUACCACUAUUAUUGUUUAGGGUCUUGCAAGGAUAUUUUGGCCCUGAUGUGCAGUGGUAGAGACUUCUUGUGACAGAACAGUGCUGCUGUAAAUAGAAAUGUGGAAUAAAACAUGCACAUAACCAGAGGGGUUCAGUCCGCCCCAGUCCUACUGGCAGGGCAGAGUCUUACCUCCAGUACCCAGCCUUGCAGCAGCUUCAGUGUGUCCUCAUGUGGCACUGACUGACUUGUCAGCACAGCCAGGAGCCGACCAAAGCUAAAAGUCCAGCUGCGCCAUGACUUCAUCAGACAAUGAUGAAACAGGGAGUGACCUGUCUGAGUCUCUGGAGAUCCGUGAGCUCCAGGACCAAUACAUGGACCCAGAGAACUGCUUUAAGUCCAAAAGCUUACCCAUACUGAACGGGCCCUGCCAACCGGAUCGUAAGGCUGCGGAGCCUCGACUGGUCAACACUACCCUCGCCUGCGUGGCAGUGGACGAGAGCAGCGAGCUCCAGCCAAAAACCCCGGACUCGAGCCAAGCGGAGACCCCCUCCUCCAGGACAGACUUCUCCCCCUCUGUCUCCAGCAUGGUGGGGCUCAGCAGCUCUCUGCCUGUGGAGGGCCACAGGGCCGCUGGCUCUGGAGGCAAAAAACUUGGUUUCUCUCUCACUCGCCUCAUCCACAUCCCGGCCAGGAGGUAUGUGCGGGUCAUCCUGAGGGACUCGCGCUGCUUCCUGUUCUGCAUGUGCUACCUGACCUUCAUUCAGUCCCUGAUGGUUUCGGGCUACCUGAGCAGUGUCAUCACCACCAUUGAGAAGCGUUACAGUCUCCGAAGCUCGGAGUCCGGCCUGCUGGUCAGCUGUUUCGACAUCGGCAGCUUGCUGGUGGUGGUCUUCAUCUCCUACUUCGGCGGCAGAGGUCAGAGGCCGCGCUGGCUGGCUGUUGGUGGUGUGGUCAUCGCUGUAGGGGCAGCACUGUUUUCCCUGCCCCACUUCAUCUCACCACCCUACCAGAUCCAGGAGGUGAACUCAUCAGCGGGUCAUGAAGGCCUGUGUCAGAGUGGCAACAACAGUGGACGUGAACUGCUGGACGUCGCAUCGUGCCCUCGCGACCAGGAGGGCAACGAGCACAACCUGUAUGUGGCUCUGUUCAUCUGCGCCCAGAUACUUGUGGGCAUGGGGUCAACGCCAAUCUACACCUUGGGGCCCACGUACCUGGACGACAAUGUGAAGAAAGAAAAUGCAUCUCUCUACCUGGCCAUCAUGUAUGUGAUGGGAGCCCUGGGACCUGCAGCUGGCUACCUGCUGGGUGGCGUCCUCAUCGGCUUCUACGUCGACCCCAAAACUGUAGUGAACAUCGACCAGAGUGACCCUCGUUUUGUUGGCAACUGGUGGAGUGGCUUUCUCCUGUGUGCUAUAGCCAUGCUACUGGUCAUCUUUCCCAUGUUUGCCUUCCCCAAAAAGCUGCCUCCCCGCCACAAAAAGAAGAAGAAGAAGAAGAAGAAAAAGAUGGGCUCGCCAGGUGACGUGUCCAGCGAUGACGAUGUGAUGAAGGAAAAGUCCAGUAGCAAAGGCCAGAAUGUCUCCUCGUCCAUGGGCUUUGGGAAGGACAUCAAAGACCUCCCCAAGGCAGCGCUGAGGAUCCUGAGCAACAUGACCUUCCUGUUUGUCAGCCUGUCCUACACGGCAGAGUGUGCCAUUGUCACCGCCUUCAUAACCUUCAUUCCCAAAUUUAUCGAGUCACAGUUUGGCAUCCCAGCCUCCAACGCCAGCAUAUACACCGGAGUGAUUAUUGUACCCAGUGCCGGGGUGGGCAUUGUGUUGGGGGGCUAUAUCAUCAAGAAGCUGAAGCUUGGUGCCAGAGAGUCAGCCAAGCUGGCCAUGAUCUGCAGCGGGGUGUCUCUUCUCUGCUUUUCCACGCUCUUCAUAGUGGGCUGCGAGAGCAUCAACCUGGGAGGCAUCAACAUACCCUACACCACUGGUCCGACGCUGACGAUGACCCACAGGAACCUGACGGGCAGUUGCAACGUGAACUGUGGCUGCAGGAUCCACGAGUACGCUCCUGUCUGCGGCUCCGACGGCAUUACCUACUUCAACCCCUGCCUGGCUGGAUGCAGCACUGUGGGCAAUGAUAGCACUGGGAUUCGGAACUACACCGACUGUGGCUGCGUGCAGAGCAGACAGGUCAUCACUCCGUCCUCCGGCGGCCAGGUCAACCAGCUCCAGCUGGUCAUUGUUAAAACCUACCUGAACGAGAACGGUUACGCUGUGUCGGGGAAAUGCGACCGCACCUGCAACACGCUCAUCCCCUUCCUCAUCUUUCUCUUCAUUGUCACGCUCAUCACCGCCUGUGCCCAGCCCUCCGCCAUCAUCGUCACUCUCAGGUCUGUUGAUGAGCAAGAAAGGCCUUUUGCUCUUGGGAUGCAGUUUGUCUUGCUCCGAACUCUUGCUUACAUCCCCACGCCCAUCUACUUCGGUGCUGUGAUCGACACUACCUGUAUGUUGUGGCAGCAGGACUGCGGCGUGCAUGGCUCCUGCUGGGAGUACGACGUCACUUCGUUCCGCUUUGUCUACUUCGGCCUGGCCGCCAGCCUGAAGUUUGUUGGCUUCGUCUUCAUCUUCCUCACCUGGUACUCAAUCAAGCACAAGGAGGAGAGAGCCGAGCGCUGGCGCCAGCACCUGCCCCCGCUGGGCACGGUCAGCGAACUCAUCUGCCACGCCGGGGGUCAGAAAAGCCACGCCCGCACCCGCUCCUGCCCCGUUUUCAUCCCGCCUCGGCCAGACCCGCCGGCCGCCUUGCUGCUCAACCGUGGCCACAGCAGCCUCAGUUGCCCUGGCAACGCCCUCAAAGCAAUAACCCCGCCUGUCCUGUUGCCACACCACCACAGAGGCUCUGCCCACGUCUGAGAGCACUCCAAGCCUCCCUCCGGGGGUUCAUUGUGACAUGUGCCUUCCGGUUUGUGUCUCUGCACCACACAGUGUCUGCCUAACACCGACCAGACACCAGGCGGGCCUCCAGUGCUGCUGUUGGACUGACAGGCAGAGACGUAAAUACGCCCACCAUACUUAAAGGGCUGCUCAUUGUUGUUUAUGAUGACAGGAAGCUGACAGACGUACUUUUACUCUGAGCAUAUCAUCAGCUGCAGCCACACACAGCAUCCACGCAAGAAGGUCACACCUCCACUUCAAGGAUCGGAUGAGGUAAAGACAUCACAUGGUGCUACUGUUAAAGGGCAGGGCAUUAUAAUCUCUGUACAGACAAACGAGUCAUGAUCACUACGGCGUCUAAAGCACAACUGACAAACCUGUACUAUGCAAGAUCCUAUGUACAGCUUCUCCCUUCUCAGUACUGUACAGCUCCCUCUGUAUUCUACAUCUGUACCUCUUUCUUCUUCUCUACUCAAUUCACACAUCCCACCAUGUUGUCUUUUCAUUAAGACUUGCAUUUUUUCCUUACAGUCUGGGCUGUGAACAUAUCAGCCCUCUCUCUUGUAUUUGAGCCAUUCCUGGUUAACACUUGUUUGCAUCGUCAGAAUUGACAAAAGUGGGAUUUCUUUCUUUUUUUUUUUUAAUCCUUUCACCUCUGUUUUUUUUUUCCCCUCUCUUCCUUUUUCGUAACGGUGCCUCUUAGGCUGUAUCGGCCAGUCCAGUAUACAAAGCUAGCUACCAAGGUAAAUGCUAGCUAAUGAAAAAGCCAGUCACUGUCCUCUUAGUUGAGCGACAAUACAGCUUUUGUGUUUGGGAACAGUUGUCACCGAUCUCGAGUCAGAGUUUCUCACCUUUGCUAGGUAACCAUGUAGCGUAAAGCUGACAAGCACCAGUGGUACAGUGUAUACUUCUAAGUCUUGUUAGUCAGCAAGAAAUCUAUGUAUCAUUACACACAACUACUUUAUUAUUACAAUCUGUAAUAAUUAGCCAAAUGGUAAACAGGAGAAAGGUAUCUCAUCUCUGACCAUGUGCUGAAGCUACUGUAUGUCCUAAAGAUGUGAAUGUACCUGAAACUGGAAAGGAGAUUUAAAAAAAAAAAAUGUUUUCUUAACUAAUUUGUCCCCAAUUGAGCUUUUUCAAGAUAAGAUGAUUGGUAGCUAAUCUAUUGCAGCAAUCAGCAAAUAAAAAAGGGUGCAUCAUUUUGAUUUGUGUUGUAAUGGCUUCUCCAUUAUAAUGGUCAUCAGAUGUACAUAGUAGUUAUCUAGUAGUCUAGGCUUUAAAAAAAAAAAAAAAAAAAAAAGUAGUGCAGCAAGCAUGUAAAACAAGGAACCCCCCUUCUAUCAGCAAGAGUAAUUGAAACAUUGAUUAUUCAGUUCCUGGGUGUUUGGGGCCCUCUAGUGGACAGAGAGAUGAUUGUGUGAAGGCCAGUGAAUGUUGCUGUUUGUCAGACUUACUGUACUAUGAAAUCUUUGGUUAAAAGGUUUAAUUAUUAAACUUAGUCACUGCGCUUGAAUUUAGCACUCAAGUUUCCCAAAGAUCUACCUGAGCAGAAGAUGACACGCUUUCCUUGACAUUUACUGUGCAGGCAGCGUGACUAAAUCGAACUUUUGAAAUUUGGUCUGCAAGUUUGGCGGGGAUGCCCACACAGCACUGAUCAGAUUUAUGGGUCUCAACUGAGCCAUGUUGAAACUGUUUGCAUAAGCCUUAACUGUUAGCUGAUGCUGAGUUUUAAGAGAAUGAUCUAAUUUCCUUUUACCUUAGGCUCAUCAGCAAAUCUUAUGGAUUUGCUUUCCUUUCAGUGGGAGAUGCAGAGUUUGUAAAAAAAAAAAAAAAAAAUGCAAUUUGUUUUUUUUUUCUGUUUGAUCAAGUGCAUACAGAAAGUUAAAUCUGUGGCACAUGUUUUAAAAAUCUAUUUUUAGGGAGUAUUUUAUUUUCUUUUGUAAUGGAGAAUAUAAGUCUAAUAAAGUUGUUGUUGUUAUAUUCUAAUCAGUAUAAAUUCAAUUUAAUUAAUAAACGUUUGCAAAGAAAUGGCGAAUCUGAUGCAGUGAAUACAUUUUAAAAGUUAAAAUUAUUGGCCAAGUCUUGUGUUAUUCUGCCAGGUUAAGAUUAUCACGUGGGAACAGCAGUGACUAAUUUUAACAUUAUCGUGACUUAGUACCUCAAAUUACAUAUUCAUACGUGAUCAUCUUGUAAAUACUGGCAAAAGCAAAUGAAGCAUAUUAUAGAGCUCACACAUAGAAACAUAUUUAUGAACUAACCCAUGACAUUGUAGUUAAAAAAAAAUAAUAAAGACUUAAAGCUACAAAACAGUGGAUUUGUCUCACGGUGCCUGAUCAGUAUUAUUCACAUGGGCAGGGUUGAGUUCGGGGGUAGGAGUUGGGUUACUGCAAUGUUUUUGUUUUUUUCUGUCAAGAGGACUACAUAAUGGAGUUAAUUUAAAAGUCAAAGUCGCUAUCUGUAAUGAUUCUCUACCCUUCUGUGCUCUGCAUUUAUCUCGCUCUCUAAAAACAGAAUGCCAGAGUUGGAUUAUUGAUCAGAUUCUCUGCUAAUGGAGAGCCAAAACUGAUCCUUGCUGAGUCAUCUUACAAUUAAACAUCUCUUCCAUUCACUGAGUGUUAUGGAUGCUAAUAAAACUCUUAAAAUUUGAGCGUUAAUCCUGUGAAAGCAAUAAGUUGCUCAAAGCCAUGCAUUACAGUGAUAUCAGGACUAAGCACUGUAUGCACUCUGACCUUAGCUACAGGUCGGAAUUUGGCUUUUGUACACGAAAACUAUCUCCCUCCAAAAAUGAGGCAAAGUAAACCAAACAGUUCAUUUUUUGCAGAGAAAGGUAGAGAAUCACUCAACGCCAUACAGAAGAUUAGACACAAUGACUGCAAGGAUGUCUGACUUUAGCGUACUGUACACCUACUAUUUUUGAAUUCAGUGUCCUCCUGCUAAAAAGCCUGGACUAGUACUACUGACACAGACAACUUCAGGUUGACUGUAAAAUUUGCUUUAAACAUAUUUUCCUUUCAUCAGUAUUUGAACUGAAAGUGAUUUCUUUUUUUUUCCCCAGAUAGAACAGAAAGCUGUAUUCUGAAAGUUAAGCUCUUAUUGCUUUGUGUUCCUCAGGAGCAGAAGUCUAAUUGAUGUUUGUGAACAUAUGGUUUACAAAUGCCUUGAAUACUUGAUAUUUGUCAUUAAAAAUGUAAAAAAAAAAAUGAACUCGCCUGGUUGAAUCAUUGCAAAGGUGUGG